AUUUAUCACUUCCAGCACGUACUUUUCGCUCUCUUUCUCAGCCAAUCGUAGGGUUCGCCCGGCCUGUCCUAUUCGGAGGCUCUCGGGAUUGGCUCACGUAAAACAUGAGCAAGUUCGAGUGACCCUUGGGUGAGAGUGAAUGAAAUGUGCGGGCUGCUGGGAGCAGCGAAGUGCGGGGCAGCCGCGGGGGCUCGGUAAGGGGGAAGCGGUUGAACACGGAGAGAGCACGGCCGGGAUUCGGGUGACUGAAUACUGCAUUGUCAGCUGUUGGCCUCCACCGAUACAGUCAUGCCUAGUGUAACAGCCCGGGCUCCCCUGGCCCUGCUGCUGAUCGCUGCUCUGGUUCCACUUGCGGUGGUAGAAGCUGCUUUGGGUGACAAGGUGAUUUGGGCUGUCAAUGCUGGGGGCGAGGCCCAUGUGGACGUGCACGGCAUCCACUACCGGAAGGACCCGCUGGAGGGCAGAGUGGGCAGAGCAUCAGAUUAUGGCUUAAAGCUGCCAAUUCUCCGCUCCGCCCCAGAGGAUCAGAUUAUAUACCAGACCGAGAGGUACAAUGAAGACACCUUUGGGUACGAGAUCCCUAUCCGAGAAGAAGGGGAAUAUGUCCUAGUGCUGAAAUUUGCAGAGGUGUACUUUGCGCAGUCGCAGCAGAAGGUGUUUGACGUACGCGUAAAUGGACAUAAUGUGGUAAAAGAUCUGGAUAUAUUUGACCGUGUAGGACACAGCACAGCCCAUGAUGAGAUCAUCCCCGUGGUCAUCAAGAAGGGGAAACUUACUGUGCAAGGAGAAGUGUCCACCUUUACAGGGAAGCUCAAUGUGGAGUUUGUAAAGGGAUAUUACGAUAAUCCCAAAGUUUGUGCUCUGUACCUUAUGAAAGGAACAGUAGACGAAGUCCCACAGCUGCAGCCUCACCCUGGUCUAGAAAAGAAAGAAGAGGAGGAAGAAGAUGAAGAGGAGGAAAGCCCUAGUACAAGGAGGAAUACCAAGAAAAGUGUGCAGUCUGGUCCUCGCACCCCUAACCCAUAUGCCUCAGACAACAGCAGCCUCAUGUUUCCAAUUCUGGUGGCCUUUGGAGUGUUUAUCCCCACACUCUUCUGCUUGUGCCGGCUAUAGAAGGCCGGGUGCCAAUCUUUUCUUUAACUUUUUUUAAAUAUUUUUUUAUUCCCUUCCCCCCCUGAUUUGCUUUAGUUUUGUUUGUUUUUUUCCCCUGGUAAUUUUUCUGAAUCUUUUGACAAUGAAGCAGAAAAUCUCCUGGAAAGGAGAUAGGUGGCCCUCUACGAGCAGCAAAUCGUUGCCUGACCGUUUCAUGUUUACAUGGUGAAUGGAUCUGGAGCUGCGGCCAGUGACACAUCUGAACUAUAAGGCUCGUGCUCCUGAAAGGUUUUAGACAUCUAUUACAUGUAUUGAGGAGAACUGGAGUAGAAUGCAAGUGCUGCUAACUGAUUUUCUGACCUGGAAGAUCUAUGGGACUAUGGACAUACAGCCUAGAGAUUUGCACAGAGUUUUCCAGGGUACCAUUUCUGCAUUCUCUAUAUAUUUUUAUGUCAUUGGGUUCCAGCUCUCAAAAUCCUUUAACAACAACUCCUGCCAAACCUAUGUGAGUGUGCUUGUGUGUGGUAGCAGGGGAUUCCAGUACUCUGUUGUGGCGUCUCCAUGAUGGUGACUAUGAGCUAUGUCUUUCUGCUAUGCAUACAAUGGGGAAUAUUUGAUUUGCAAGCUUAUUGUUUUUAUGUAUGUUUUUUUAUUUUGCGUGAUUUAUACCAUGAAGUGACUCGCUUAUAAUUGCCUUUAGCCUCACUGUCCUGCCAUUUUUAAAGGGGUUGUUCCCGACUACUGGGGCCCUUCUUGAUCACUAGAGAGGUGAGUCUUAUUCCCCUGUAUGAAUGGUGCAGCAAGUUGCACUUUUUGCACCGACGUUACAUCCUUCUGUGGGACUGCAGGAGAUGGAGUACAGCACUUGGUUAUCUCCAGCAGUCCCUUGGAGUUGAAUGGAGCUGAAGUACGCACACUUGAGUGCUACUCCAUUCAAACUGGGGAACACUGGACCCAUGAUGAGGUCAGACGCAACCUCACAGAUCAGCUCCUAAAAGCAAUCAGCAGAUUUGUACCUAUGAGACUGACUGACCUGUUGAAUGUAUGCUUGGCAGCUGAAGACAUCUGUGUUAGAGAAUUUCAAUAUAUGCAAAUGAGCCUCUAAGAGCAACG